GAGGACUCUGGUUUGUUCAGCCAGCUCCCCUUUUCUUUGAACACUGAAAGUAAAUCCCACUGAAUUCAGUGGGGUUUUCUCCUCACCACUCAAAAAGCUAAAGAUUCAUCAUGAGUUUUGAUAGGUUCUGUUUUUUGUGCUCACAAUCAAGGUGAUGGAGGGUGGGAAGCACGUCAUGGGUUCUCCCCCCCCCCUACCUGGUGUGUGUGAAAUUAUCAAAGUGGAGUGAAGGCAAGACCAGAUCAAAUAUUGAAUUAAGUGGAAGUUAUAGGGUUUUUUUUCAGCUUUUCUCCUAAAACGUCCCUCAUAGAUGGGGUGGUUAUAUUUGUUUAAUUUCCUCACGGAGGUGGUUUUAAAGACUUUUUAUUCACGAUACUCCUAUUUAUUAACAUUUCCAAAAACGAUUCCAGAUUAAUGCGGAUCCACUCCAGAUAUUCCUCUCAAUUUAUCGCCCCCCCCCCCCCGGUCCAUUUUCAACGGUCAAUUGCAUUACGAUAUCGCCGAGAAAUUUUAUCCUUCCGCGUCCCCUUCAGGUGAAAAGGGGGCGCGGCUUCCUGCUUCUCCUCCCCAUGCUAUUGGCGGCGGCCAACCUCGCGCGCGCGGCGCAAUGUAGUUCUCUCGCCCCCGAUUUGGCGGAGUGAUCUCGGCGAGCGAGGCCUAUAUAAGACACCGGCGGGGAGGUCGGCGCAGUUAGAACAGGCUGUCUGUUGUGUCUCCUUCGUCUAUUUUUGCCAGGAUCAGCUCGGGCUGUGCGAGAAGAUGCAGAUUUUUGUGAAGACCCUGACGGGAAAGACCAUUACCCUGGAGGUGGAGCCUAGUGACACCAUCGAGAACGUGAAAGCAAAGAUCCAGGAUAAAGAGGGCAUCCCCCCUGACCAGCAGAGGCUGAUCUUUGCCGGCAAGCAGUUGGAAGAUGGCCGCACCCUCUCCGACUACAACAUCCAGAAGGAGUCCACUCUGCAUCUCGUGCUGCGUCUCAGGGGAGGCAUGCAGAUCUUUGUGAAGACCCUGACGGGCAAGACCAUUACCCUGGAGGUGGAGCCCAGUGACACCAUUGAGAAUGUGAAGGCCAAGAUCCAGGACAAAGAGGGCAUCCCCCCUGACCAGCAGAGGCUGAUCUUUGCCGGCAAGCAGUUGGAAGAUGGCCGCACUCUCUCUGACUACAACAUCCAGAAGGAGUCCACCCUCCAUCUUGUGCUGCGCCUGAGAGGUGGCAUGCAGAUCUUCGUGAAGACCCUGACAGGCAAGACCAUUACCCUGGAGGUGGAGCCCAGUGACACCAUUGAGAAUGUGAAGGCCAAGAUCCAGGACAAAGAGGGCAUCCCCCCCGACCAGCAGAGGCUGAUCUUUGCUGGCAAGCAGUUGGAAGAUGGCCGCACCCUUUCCGACUACAACAUCCAGAAGGAGUCCACUCUGCAUCUUGUGCUGCGUCUCAGGGGAGGCAUGCAGAUUUUUGUGAAGACCCUGACGGGCAAGACCAUUACCCUGGAGGUGGAGCCUAGUGACACCAUCGAGAACGUGAAAGCAAAGAUCCAGGACAAAGAGGGCAUCCCCCCUGACCAGCAGAGGCUGAUCUUUGCCGGCAAGCAGUUGGAAGAUGGCCGCACCCUCUCCGACUACAACAUCCAGAAGGAGUCCACUCUGCAUCUCGUGCUGCGUCUCAGGGGAGGCAUGCAGAUUUUUGUGAAGACCCUGACGGGCAAGACCAUUACCCUGGAGGUGGAGCCCAGUGACACCAUUGAGAAUGUGAAGGCCAAGAUCCAGGACAAAGAGGGCAUCCCCCCCGACCAGCAGAGGCUGAUCUUCGCUGGCAAGCAGUUGGAAGAUGGCCGCACUCUCUCUGACUACAACAUCCAGAAGGAGUCCACCCUCCAUCUUGUGCUGCGCCUGAGAGGUGGCAUGCAGAUCUUCGUGAAGACCCUGACGGGCAAGACCAUUACCCUGGAGGUGGAGCCCAGUGACACCAUUGAGAAUGUGAAGGCCAAGAUCCAGGACAAAGAGGGCAUCCCCCCCGACCAGCAGAGGCUGAUCUUUGCUGGCAAGCAGUUGGAAGAUGGCCGCACCCUUUCCGACUACAACAUCCAGAAGGAAUCCACCUUGCACCUUGUGCUGCGUCUCAGGGGAGGCAUGCAGAUCUUUGUGAAGACCCUGACCGGAAAGACCAUUACCCUGGAGGUGGAGCCUAGUGACACCAUCGAGAACGUGAAAGCAAAGAUCCAGGAUAAAGAGGGCAUCCCCCCUGACCAGCAGAGGCUGAUCUUUGCCGGCAAGCAGUUGGAAGACGGCCGCACCCUCUCCGACUACAACAUCCAGAAGGAGUCCACUCUGCAUCUCGUGCUGCGUCUCAGGGGUGGUUAAUUUAAUUAAGUUGCUUUUGCUUUCAUCCACACGUGAAACUUUACUGCACUUUGUUUCAAUAAAGCUGUUGCAUUCCCAAA